AUGGAAGACCAUUGCCAGCUGAAGCAGGAGGAGAAGCAGGAGGAGGAGGAGGAGGAGGAGAUUGGUCAGGAGGAGGGCAAUGAUGAUGAUGAUGAUGAUGAUGAUGAUGAUGAUGAUGAUGAUGAUCAGGAGGUGGAGGGUGAGGGUGAAAGUGAGGAAGAUGAGGAUGAGGAGACUAUUCAAGGUUCAGAUUUGAACAAACAUUCAUCACAGGAGGAUGCAGACUUUGCAGAUGACGUAGAGAAGCUUCUCUUGGAGAGCAGCGGGCAAGGACGAUUUGCGGCCCCAGGGUUGGCACUUGAGACAACACCAGAGGUGCUUGCAAGCCAGAGAGGAGGGGAGGGAGAGGAAAUCACCGACUCACUCGCCCCUUUCCAUCGACACGAUGGCACCCACGUCUCGUUGCUCUCGCAUCGCCCGCCGCCCAACCACGAGGAGCUCAACAGAAUCCUGGCAGAGAGCGACCCAGAGCUGAUGGAGGUGAUGAGGCGAGAGAAGACGAUCACAGACCGUCAGAGGAGGUGGCUCAAUCGCAAGCAGCUCGGACUCGCUGCAUCCAUUGCUGGUGCUCUGAAUCCCAGCAAGGGGACUACGCUUCUAUGCUCCUCGCCUCUCCCCUCGCUCCCGCCUCGCUUCAAGCCCAUCUGGGCGCCACCGCGAGGAAGAGGGAGGGAGCUGACGCAGAUGAAGCACUGCCUGGCGAAGAUCCGGGAGUGCGAAAGAACGGCAUUGAAGGCCAUGCAGGAGGGAAGAUCCGUGGCGGCGAUCGACCCAGUGGAGGAGAACAAGCAGGGCAUGGAGGUCAUGGAGGCAGCGACUCUGCUCAACAUGUCGCUCAUUCUCUUCCACCAUCAACGUCCUCUCGACGCCUCUACCUUCACUCGCGCGGCUCUCUCCCUCCUCGCCGAUCAUGAGCCAGAGGCUCGCAAGGCCUGGAACGAGGCGGCGCUGCGAGGAAGCGGCUCGUCCGGGAGAAGUGCGAGGGUGACGGCGCUGGAGGCCAUGGCGGCGGUGGGGCAUCACAACCUCGCCAUGUUCCAGUGGGGCCGAGAGGAAGCCAAGGAGAGUCUGCUCAAGGCAAAGAGAAUCGCUGGGACGUUCCUAGGGAAAAACUCCCUCCUCUCGUCUUCGAUCGCUUCCCGAGUGUCUGCCAAGCCUGGCUCCUCCUCCUCUGUCUCUCAGUCCCCGCUGACUCGAGGGAAGAGAGCACAACUCAAUCGACAUGCGAAAAGAUGA